AUGCUCUGGUUGUUCUGCUUUAUCGAUCGUGCAAAUAUUGGCAACGCUCGCAUCGCCGGCAUGGACGACUCUCUCGAACUCCGAGGAUACGAUUAUAACUUCAUCCUGUCUUGCUUCUAUAUCCCAUAUAUCCUUCUUGAGAUGCCCGCCACGAUUCUGUGCAAGCGUAUUGGCCCCGGGUGGUUUAUUCCAACAACAGCACUGCUCUUCGGUAUCUGCAGUUUCGCUACAGCAUUUGUUAAGACUCGAGCCCAAAUGUGUGCUCUUCGCUUCCUUCUCGGAGUGUUUGAAGCCGGCAUGCUGCCUGGAAUUGCCUAUUACCUCUCCUGUUGGUACAAACGCGCCGAAUUAGCCUUCCGGCUUUCCCUUUAUCUUGUAAUGUCCCCACUAGCAGGAGCCUUUGGCGGAAUCCUUGCCAGUGGUAUCCUUCGCCUGGGUCAUUUUGGUAGCUUGACGCAAUGGCGGAUGAUUUUUGGCAUCGAGGGUAUUAUCACUAUCGCCCUGAGCGUGCUCAGCUAUGCCACUCUUACGGAUCGGCCUGAAACGGCGAUAUGGCUCUCCUCGGAAGAAAAAUAUCUUUGUAAGCUUCGCCUCAAGCUGGAACAUGCUGGGCAGACUGAGGCUAUUAAUACAAUUGAUCGCGCUAAACUAUGGCGUGGAGUGAUGAAUCCAAUUACUUUGUCGACUGCCGUGGUGUUCCUCUUUAGCAAUAUCACGGUGCAAGGCCUUGGUGUCUUUCUGCCGACUAUUAUUUCUACUAUCUACCCAGAGGCAUCAACAAUUCAAAGACAGCUUUACAGUGUCCCACCGUAUAUCGUCGGGGCCUUAUUUGAUGUUUUUGUGCCAGCCUUGAGCUGGAAGCUAGAUCGACGGCAGAUUUUUAUUGUUAUUUCCACCCCGACGAUAAUAGUUGGAUACAUAUUGUUCCUGGCUUCGCAUUCCACGACGGUGCGGUAUGUAGCGUGUUAUUUAAUCGCCAGUACCGCCUUCGUCGCGGGGCCUUUAUCUAGCGCCCAAGUCAGUGCGAAUGUUGCGAGUGAUACAAGUCGAACGAGUGCUAUCGCUACAAAUGUGUUGUUUGGAAAUAUUGGAGGUCUUGUUUCGAGCUGGACCUACCUUGUCAAGGAUGCUCCGGAUUAUACUAUAGGUAAUGGACUUAAUCUUGCCUGUGCUUUUAUGCAAUUGGUAGUAUCUCUUGGGACAUUGCUUUGGCUGAGACGGGAUAACAAGAAGAGGGAGGGCCGCAACGUUGUACAAGAUCUGGCUGGCCUCGAUAAACAGGAGAUUGAAUAUUUAGACUGGAAACAUCCUCUUCACGCCCUAUGCGGCGACAACCCUAUGCAACUUAAGGCUACAACAAAAGGCAAUGGCCGAGGCGCGACGGAACUCCUGCUGGCCGCGAUAAAGGGGUAUCUACCUAUCGCGAAGCAGCUAUUGGAGCUAGGCGCGGAGAUCGAUGCUCCGAGGGCAGAUACUCCUGGUCGGACAGCGCUCGAAGGCGCGGCAGAACACGGAGGGCUGGGCAUGGUCCAGUUUCUGCUGGAGAAUGGUGCACAAACGUUCGGGGACGGGGUGUGGCAGUAUUAUUAA